AUGCCAAAACGAAAACAAAAUGAGCGUGCUCAGAGGCACAGAGAUAAGUUUCGAAAGAGAAAAGAGAGACGAACUCCAGACUCGAAAGAAGCCAUUGCGGCUGAUACCUGUUCAGAAGAGUAUGAAGACAAAUCAUCUAGAGAACUAGCCAGUGCAGCACAGAAACCCACAGCCAGGAUUCAGGCUUCUCAAAAUGAGAAAAUGAAUCUACCUAAUGCCUUGGGUGUUGCAUCUCCCCAGGGAAGUCUGAGUACCAUAUACGUGUGUACGACACCGAUCUCUGAUUCUGAAUCAUUGAAUACUCCAGAAGGAGUAUCUGUCUCUGAUUCAGUCUGUACUCCUAUGAGUGUACCCUGGCAAAAUGAUGGCAAGAUGCCAUGCCUUGCAGAUCAGACGCAAACAUUUCCGUCUUUGCAAGAUGGAAUGGUUAUGAAAAUAGAUGCUCAUAUGUCUGACUUGGUUAACACAAAAGCACAGUCUAACUUGGUAUCUGAAAUAGAACGAACUAACCUGGGAAACUUCCACCAAGCAAAUGCAAGGUUUGGAUCAAAUGCUGGGCUACAGUGUGUACCUAACUGUUUAUCAGCUUUAACAUAUAACAAGUUGUUAUCAGCUACUGAAUGGACAGCCUUUGAUAUGGACAAAAUACUUAUAACUGGAAAUGAGCUUUAUGAUACCUUACAGAGAUACACAUCAAUACCUCAUCAAUAUCUCUUGAUAUCAGACCUCCCAAGAAACCUUGAUAUUCAUGCCGAACUGUUUUCAAUCUCCUUAUCUGACUCCAUCGGUUCUCUAAUACCAUUACCUCUUGAUGAACAGAUUCCAGACCUGAGACCAUUCAAUGCAAAGCCUUUGAAAGAAGCACUGUGUUGUAGCUUAUCAAACACUGAUGGAUGCUUUAUAUGCUUUAAUGGAAAUACUAUGUUAGUUGGAAAAGUCAACCAAGAAUAUUUCAUAUUUGACUCUCAUUCACGGUCACCAUGUGGCAAGUUAUCAGAAAACGGCAAAAGUCUCUGCAGAAUUGUUCAAAGUAUUCAAGACAUAUACAUGCAUGUCAAUGAACUGGCACAAUCCAUGGGAUUUACAACAACUGUUGAGUGUGAAGUAACUGGUGUCUCCAGCAAUUUUGGUUGCAUAUCCCAAAAUGAUCCUAGUCAAGGAAAUAAUAUCAAAGGUGUGUCUGAAGAUGUUGAGUGUGAAAUAACUGGUGUCUCCAGCAAUAUCUCUUGCAUUUCCCAAAAUGCUGCUAGUCCAGAAAACAAUAUCAAAAGAUUUUCUGAAGAUGUUGUAUACCUUGGUCAAGAACAGAACAUUGCAACUGAUUUUCGUAUGAUAUCUGCAAACACCAAAAAGAGGUUUUGUAAUACAUAUCAAAUACCAUUAUAUGAUGAUCGAAACUUUGUUGCUAUUGACAAAAGUCUUGUUCCAUCUCCAUUUCGGUACCAAAGAGUUUUAGGAGACGGUAAUUGCUUUUUUAGGGCCAUCUCUUGUUGCAUGUCUGGUUCAGAAGAUGCACAUGAUAUCAUGCGCACAAAAAUGUGUGAACAUGUCAGAGAAAAUCAUUUAAUAUUUGGAAAUCUUCUCAGAUCAAACAUUGAAUCCCUUCAGGGUUACAUAAACAGGAUGUGCAUUCCUGGAACUUGGGCAACAGAGUUUGAAAUUAUUGCUAUGUCUCACAUGUUACAUGUUGAAAUUUUCACAUUUAGUGAUGGCAUAUGGAAAAAGUUUUCUGGUAGACUAGUCGACAAAUAUUGGGUUCCAAUAGAAGAAGCUAUAUACCUUGAUAAUGAAAAUGAAAAUCAUUACAAUGUAGUAGUUUCAAUGACAAGUUUUAAUACAGAGAGAGAACCUAUUUACCAAAUUCAAGAUAACAUUCAAUCAAAAGUUGAACAAAACAGAAAGAGGAAACGACAAUGGAGUCAAAAGCAAUAUCACAAGAACAAGCAAUUCAGAGCAAAAUUGCUGCAGCAGAGAAAGUCAGCAUAUACCAAAUCCAGAUCAACCAAACUUCAACAACUGAAAGUGAAGUAUUCUAAAAAUAAACAGUUCAGGCAAAAAUUGCAGAAUGAGAUGAGAAACAAAUACAGACAAAAUGAGAAAAUUAAAGCACAUAUCAAAGCUUCAUGUAAAUACCGUUAUCAAACAAAUACAAAGUACAAAGGCAUGGUGCAGAAACGCAGUCAGGCUAAAUAUCAUAAUGAUGAUUUGUUCAAGAUGAAAGUAAAGGAAUACAGCAAAACAAAAUACAACAGAAACAUGUUGUUUAGAGAAAAAAUUAAAGUAGAAAACAGAUUGAAAUACAAAUCUGACAAACAGUUGAAAGUGAAAAAAAUAAAUGACAGUAAACAAAACCACACGAAAACAAAUCACAGAGGGAGAACAAAAGAGCACUUGCAGAACAUGUGCAAAGACAACACACAAUUCCAAGGAAAGAGGGAAAUAUCAAGGGAGAAAAGCAAAUUGAACAACCAUGAAGAAGCAGUGAAAGUGAAACAAACAAAGAAAAUGAAUGCACAUGAAAGAGAUCUUAUGGAAAGGGAUACAAAAGAAAAGAAAGGAACAAUUGGUGGAAUCUCACAGAACCAGUUAAGGAAAUCCACCAUAGAGACUAGCUUAGAGAAUCCAAAGACGCAAAAGGAAAGAAAAGAAAACAAAGAGAAAGCCAAUCUCAAGCAUGAAAAGCAAGAUAAACACAACUUUGUUAUGGAAAAUUUCAAAAAAAAGACAAAAGAGCAACCAUGUUAUCCAUGCUCUUGUUGCCACAGAAUUUUAUUUAAGAAUCAAGUUUUAGAGUAUCAUUUCGAAAAUUUCAAGAAGAAAUCUGAAUCAAUAUGCCAAAUUGCCAAGGUGUGUGUAACAAACAAGUACUCACAUCAGUGCUCAGAGACGUGCCCAAAAGGUUGCUUAUAUUCUUCUCAAUGGUUGUGUAAAACUUGUUAUGCAAAAUUAAUGCGUGGUCAGAUUCCGGCUGAAUCUGCCAUAAACAAUAUGGAUUUAAAAGACAUCCCAAAUGCACUGAAAGAUUUGAACUCAUUGGAGAAACACUUGAUAGCUUUGCACAUACCAUUUAUGAAGGUGGCUUGUUUGCCAAGGGGUGGACAAAAUGCUAUAUAUGGGCCUGUUAUUUGUGUUCCAACUGAUACUCAUAAAGUCAUGGCAUUGCCCAGAAAUGUAGAUGAUGAAAUGCUGAUAAGGGUUAAGCUGAAACGAAAACUGGAAUUUAAAGGACAUUAUGAGUACCAGUUUGUUCAUCCAUCUCAUGUCCAAAAGGCUUUGGAUUUUUUGAAGGAGAACAACAAGUAUUAUACAGAUAUUCAAAUUAUCAAUAAAGAAUGUAGUCAAACUGAAGAAGCUGAAAAUUCAGAAAUAGAAGCUCACUUGAAUGGAAAUGAAGAGCUUUUCGAAGAAUGUACAGACCCCGAUGAACAAACUGUGACAGGAAUACAAUAUGACACUUGCCUUCAACCUGCAGACAUUGGUCAAGAAGUUUUGGACCAUUUCUUUAACGACAUAUACAAUAUAGCACCAGCUGAAGGUAAAAACCCAGUCAAAAUGCUACAAGAGAAAGGCAAUGAAGCUAAGUGCUUUCCGCAUUUAUUUCCCUAUGGAGAAAACACAUGGACAGAGGACCGAAAUGUGAAAAUAACUCUCUCAAGGUACUUUAAUAAUCGCUUAAUGAACGCAGAUGAUCGGUUUUCUAGAGACAUUGAUUACAUUUUUUUCAGUCAAUACUUAUCAGAACUCAAACAAGUUAUUGAUAAAACACAAAUUUCCAUCAGGAAGUCAUGUGCUAAAACUCACACUGGUUCAAAAGUUACAGCAGAGAUGCUGCAAAAUCCAGAAACCCUUAAGCAUGUGAUAAAAAAUGAUGAUGCUUUCCGAUUUCUACAACCAAUUAGAGGCACACCAUCAUUCUGGCAAGGUGUUCAAAAAGACUUGUUCGCAAUGCUUCGGCAAAUUGGGAUACCAACAUGGUUUUGCUCCUUUUCAUCGGCUGAGUUUCGCUGGAAUGAAAUUUUAAAUGCUAUCAUGCAUCAACAGGCUGACUGUAGAGAAGCCUGCGACUUAAACUGGAAUGAAAAGAGUAACAUACUAAGGUCAAACCCUGUAACUGUCGCACGAAUGUUUGAACACAGAUUUCACAUUUUCCUUCAUGAGGUUAUAUUAAGUGCAGCUGAACCAAUUGGAAAAAUUAAGGAUUAUUUCUUCAGAGUCGAAUUUCAACAAAGGGGUUCUCCACAUGUCCAUUGUUUAUUCUGGGUUGAAAACUCCCCAAAAUUAAUUGAAGAUGGGAAACAGAGAGUUUGUGACUUCAUAGACAAGUACGUAACUUGUUCCAUUCCAAACACAAGUGAACAUAGUGAGCUACAUGACACUGUUGUCAAUGUGCAACAACACAGCAAAAAACACUCCAAAUCAUGUAGAAAAGGUGGCAAGGAAUGUCGAUUCAACUUCCCAAAACCCCCAUCUUGUAAAACAUUCAUAACAUCUCCAUGUGAAGAUGAAAAGCCAGAAGAAUCAUAUGAUCAAUUGGAGGAAAGAGCAAAACUUCAAAAAUCAGAAGCAAAAAAUAUCUUACUCUCAAUUUGGGACAAACUUCAAUCUGAAGAAUUUGAUUCAGACACUACAACAUCAGAAAUAUUAGCCAGUGUUAAUAUCUCUCAAGAGAUAUAUGAAAAAGCAAUGCAACUAAUGAGUUCAAAGCAAAGUGUUGUACUAAAGAGAAAUCCGAAUGAAUUAUGGAUUAAUCACUAUAACCCUUUCCUCUUGGAAUGCUGGAAUGCAAAUAUGGAUAUACAGUUUGUGCUUGAUCCUUUCAGUUGCAUUGUUUAUGUUGUGUCUUACAUAUCUAAAGCUGAAAGAGAGAUGGGAAUGCUGCUGAAACAAACAAAGAUUGAAGCAGCGGAAGGAAAUAUGGAUGCAAAGCAAACAAUGAGGAAAAUUGGAUCAGCAUAUUUGCACCAUCGUGAAGUCAGUGCACAAGAGGCUGUUUAUCGUAUUUGUAAUUUACGAAUGAGAGAAUGCUCACGAAAAGUGAUUUUCAUUCCCAUUGGGGAAAAUCCCACACGAUUAAGCAAACCCAUCUCUGUGCUAACUGCUAAUAAAAAACACCAUCUUCCAGAUGUCAUUGAUGAAAACUUAGACACAGAAGAAGAUGAAGAUGAUAUGUGGAUGAUCAGUAUUGUUGACAGAUAUCAGCAGAGACCAGAUUGUCAACCAUUUCCAUCAAUGUGUUUGGGAACAUUUUGUUCACAGUACAGGGUAUUAUCCAAAUCGCAGAUACCAAAAGAACAACAAAAUGGAGUUUAUGAACUGAAGAAUGGCAAGGGUUUCAUUAAAGUCAGAUCCAAAUCUGAUCCAGCUAUCAUUCGUUAUCCUAGAUUUAGUUCUGAAAAAAACCCAGAAAAACACUAUCAAUCCCUGUUGCAGUUAUUUCUGCCAUACAGAAAUAUGUGUCAAUUGAAGCCACCAACAUUUGACCUUUAUCAAACAUUUUAUGAAUCUGGUUAUGUGACCCUUGAUGGAACAACAACAUUAAAGCCUGUUAAACAAAUUGUUGACAUGAAUCAUGCUAAGUUUUCAUUGAAUGAAGAACAAUUGGAUCACGCUCAAGAAAUGUUUGAAACAUUAGGAGAUGUUGAGGAUGCUUGGGCAUCAUUAACACCUGAAGCUGAGUUGGAAAGAGACCUGGAUGAAAUGUUAAAAAAGCAAAGCAAAUGUCCAAUUGAACAAGAUGAAAACAUACCAGACCUAGAAAUGCCAAAACAUGCACUUGAUGUUCCAUACACAAUUACAAAUGAUAAUGCAAAGAAGGCAGAAAUUUACCCAUUGUUGAGAUCUAUGAACAAAAAACAGAGCGAAAUAUUUUAUUGGUUGAGAGAUUGGUGUUUGAAAAAAGUGUCUGGAAAAAAACCUAAACCAUUUCACAUAUUUGUCACUGGUGGAGCAGGAACAGGCAAGAGUCAUCUGAUAAAAGCUGUUCAUUACGAAGCUUCAAGAAUCUUGGAAAAGGAAAGCACAGAACCAAACAAGACAACAGUGCUGUUGACAGCCUUCACAGGAACAGCAGCUUUCAACAUUGGAGGUUCCACAAUUCAUCAUGCUUUCUGUCUGAACAAGUACAUGCCAAUCCCGUAUGAACCAUUGAAAGAGCACAGUCUAAGUCCAAUUCGUGCUGAACUGGAAAAUCUGAACAUUCUUGUAAUAGAUGAGGUGUCAAUGGUCUAUAAGAAAUUGCUCUAUUAUAUCCAUGAAAGACUAGUUCAGAUUAAACAAAACAAAGAUGAGCCUUUUGGUGGAGUUUCAAUUUUGGCGGUUGGAGAUUUCUUUCAACUACCACCAGUCAAACAAAAGCACAAUGAAAGACUGUAUAAGGAAAAUACCACAUAUCCAUUUGAUCUAUGGAACGAAAACUUUAAACUUGUAGAAUUAAAUGAAGUAAUGCGACAAAAAGAAGACUUAGUGUUUGCUCAAAGUCUCAAUUCAUUACGCACUAGAACUGCUGAUCAAAAUUUACCAAAUGAUGUUCUUCAAAUGCUGAAUCGUUGCAAUCGAGAUGGUAAUGAUUCAGCCUUGCAUGUUUUUGCAACAAAUGAUGAAGUCAAUCAGUAUAACCUGAAAAUGGUUAAACAAAUAGGAAAAGAUCUCAAAGAGGCUAUCGCAAAGGAUUUUGAAAGAGAAAGAACAAGUGGAAAAAUGGUAUUACGGGAAACACCAUUUGUGCGUCACAAAUCCGACGGAAUUCCCAGUUCAAUACUGUUAUGUGAAAAUGCGAAGGUCAUGAUAAUCCGCAAUAUCGAUGUGUCAGAUGGUCUUGUCAAUGGUGUCAUAGGAACAGUAACAAAAAUAAUUGAAGACAACCUUGAUAUGAAGUCAAUAGAAGUGUGUUUUCAAAACAAAUCAAUCGGAGUGAAAUCAGGAAUUAAAACAAAAAAUGGCAAUCUUGUCCAGAUACGUAGAUGUGAAGAAGAAAUGAGAACAUUGUCAAAUAAAAAUUUUGUGAGACACCAAUUUCCAAUUAGACUAGCUUGGGCAUGCACAGCUCAUAAAGUGCAAGGCAUGACAACUGAUGAAAUUGUUGUUGACUUGAAUAAGAUAUUCUCCGCUGGACAAGCAUAUGUUGCUUUAAGUAGAGUAACAUCAGAGCAAGGUCUUAGCAUUUCAGCAUGUACAGAAGCAACAAUCAAGAAAAAAAUAUACGCAGACAAGGAAGUGUCUGAAGCACUAAUGGAGAUGCCACUCUUCUUACAUAAUGACCAAGACUUAACAGAGUCAUCCUUAACGAUCAUUUUGCUAAACAUACAAAGUUUAUCUAAAAACUUUGCUGAAAUGACCAAUGACUCCAGAUUUAAAAAAGCAGAUAUCAUAUGUUUGACUGAGACAUGGUUGACUGAGUCAGUGCCUGUGAACAAAUAUGACUUUGAAGACUAUACUUUACACCAUGUUACAAGGAAAGAAGCAUACAAAGACACAGAUGAUUUGUUUCGAAUGUUAAAAGCCUCAAAGGGGGGUGGAGUUGCAAUAUACAAUAAGGGGUAUAGGAACAUUUCAAUUCAUAGGGUUCCAGUAGACAACAUAGAGGGAAUGUUAAUGAAAGAUGAACAAACCAAUGUUUCAAUCAUUGUGAUAUACAGGCCAAAUGUUUACCCCCUGAAUAAAUUCCAUCAAAACUUGGAUAUGCUCCUGAAAGUCUUGCUCAAAAUGACUGGACAUAAAAUAAUUAUGGGAGAUUUCAAUGAAAACCUCCUAUCCACAACCAAAUCAACACCAAAGCUCAUGGAAGAGAAUGGUUACCAUCAGUUAGUCACCUUUCCCACAACAGAAAACGGGACACUCAUAGAUCAUGUAUAUACCAACAUCCCAUUAACACAACUUCAAAUUCUUCCAUUACCAACAUACUUCAGUUAUCACGAGGCUAUAACAUUAACAUUAGCCAAAGAUGCACAGCUGAAACACUGA